AUGAAUAAAGGCUAUAUUAAGAUUGCUUUGGCACUUUUAAGUCUCGCAGGAUACACACAAAAUGUAACAUUUGCAACUGGGCACCCUUCAGAUGUUACUAUUAACGCCAACCCCUCCCGCCAAAAACCAUUAUUUGAAGAGUUCCCAGAAUUGGCAUGUGAAGACCUUGAUGAAGCUUUAGUAGCAUUGGAUCACGCAAACGAUGCUUCAGAAUUUUUAAUAAAACUUUCUGAGACAGGUAUAGACGAUUAUUCGACCCAUUCUACAGAAAAUGGAGAUAAAAUUAUAUAUUCUAAGAAAAUUGGAAAUAUGGAUAUUGGAAGACUUCAUCUUACGAUCCCAUCUGCCUCUAACUACUCUAACGUAUUAAGGAAACUCUGGGAUUUCAAUCAUAACAAAAAACCCGAUGAAAGGUUUAUUAAUGGAAAGCUUGCUCGUGUAUACUGCAAUUAUUUAAUCGUGCUUGAAAAACUUAGCAUAGAUCCUAAUUAUACACCCCUCACAAAAAAAUAUGCUUUAGCCGCAAGAGUUAAACAUUCAAAUGACACAACUGUAAUUCUUUGUCCUUCAAGACCUCUAAAUUAUCUCGGUCAAAAUGAUGAUGAACCUAAUAUGAAUGAAAUAUUAGAAAAUACACAAUCAAUCGAAACUGACAUUGAUCCUGAGGAAGCAUUAACCAAAUUAAGUGCUAACAUAGCCGGAUUUGUAGUUAAAAAAGGGGAAGAUAACGUUCAAGUUACUUAUAUCAAUGCUAUUUAUGAUGCUGGAAAUUCUACCGAAUAUGACAACGAUAAAAGAGAAAGAGAACUUGCAUAUACAAAUAUCCUAAGCUUAGCACAACGCAUUUGA